CUAUCAUAAGCUACUGUGUAUGCGAAUGAAAAUGGUCAUACAGGUCAAGAAGACGAAACUGGACGAAACUUCAAAUCAUCUGUCCAAAAUAAAAAAUUUCUCUCCGAAAUUUAUGACUUUUUCCUGCUAGAAUACGUAGACACUAUCAAAAAAUGGUGAUAUUGUGUGUAGUUAUUACGAAAAGGGACAAAGUUAUGCAUUGUUUAUAAAUGUACGCUCAUACGUACUCUGAUUCAGCUCCAAAACUCAUCAACAAUGAAAAAAUAUCUAGAAAUCGAUGAUUAUUUCUAGACUUUUCGAGGGAAUCUAAGUAAAUGUCAUUAGUCACAACAUUUUUUGCGUAUUGUCAGUUCGUUUUUGCAAUCUGCAAGUCGUGACUUAAACUGUAUAAAUAAUAAUUUAUUAGUUAAUACCUAAACAGGAAGUUUGAAAUUAAAAUGGAAGAAAUUGUGUAUCAACAUGUAUUUGAAUUAAUUUUUAAAAGAAUACAUGAUCCGAUAGUACUAGAAAAAUUUAAACGAGUCAAUAUUAAUUGGAAUCAAUCUAUCGAUAAAAUUUUAGAAACAACAGAUUUAUGGAAAAACGCGUGUUUGAAUGAAAUCCCAUCGGAAUCAAUGACCAGUAUGAUUACUAGAUUAUUUCCGACGGUUCAUUUCGAAAAUUAUCAUCAACUUAACGACUCAAUACUCUGGCGUUCUCUUUACAUUUCCUAUAGAAAGUCGAUGAUACUCUCGAAACUUCAACCUGUAAUCCAAGUUAAUUAUGAUUUUUCUGAACUUUUGCGUCCAUAUGACUACUUUUACUCGUUAGCAAGUUGCGAUAAAUUUUUGGCUGUUCGAGAAUAUAAUGGAAAAAUUUAUGUUUUUGAUAUUAAUCAAUUAAAUGAACCUCUGUACACGGUAGACUUUCAAAACCCGAUAAGUGCCAUCAAAUUUUGGUUUCCUGAUACCGGUGAGCUAUUUUUAGUUGCAAUUAUUUUACCUCAUCACAUUAAAUUUUGGAAUCUUGGACGCAUGGUUGAAGUUCCGUGUAUCGGUAAUGCUAAAGGGUCAUAUAUAUGCUCCGGUACAAUAGAUAGAUUACUCAUUAUGCACAUCAAGAGAGGUUUAUUUGAAUACAAACAUACUGAUGACGGUAUUACAGCAUAUCGUAUAAUGGAUCGCUUAGAACCACGUGCGCUCAGUAUGCAAUUACACUCAGAAAAUAACAAAAUAACAAUUGUAGCAGAUUAUCCAAAUUUUCUACGGUUAUUCAAUUAUCGAUUACCAACAUCUGAUGAAGGAAAUGAUUUGAUUGAAGUAAACAGGAGAUCACAUUAUGACGAGAGAGAAUUCACUGAUUCAAUUCAUUAUCGUCCACCCGCAUAUUUGUUCCUCACUUCUAAUGUUAUAUUGCGGAUAAAAAACAUCGCUGAAAUAAGUUCUCUCAUAUUUUACGAUCCGCGGUUUAAUUGGCGUAUUCAUUAUCCAUUUGAAAAAUUCGGUAAAAAAAAUGUCGUAACUUCUGGCAUAUUACACGGAAAACUUUUGAUUUUAGGAUUCAAAUCAGGUCACGUACGAAUUUUUACUGUUGAAAAUAUUGAGUUGCUUAGAAGAUCUAAUUUAAGUCUUCGUUCAGGAAUUGAGUAUCAUGUAGCCGACAAAUCGAUUAAAUGGUUGGAACUUUUUGAGACUCGAAAAAAAUUAGUUAUCAUUGCAAUGGCAGACCUUAAAGUCUAUUCUAUUAAUUUUUAUCCCAACCGCACUCGGAUAAAAAACGAUAAAUGUACUAUACUAUAAUUAUAUCUAGAUAUAUACAAAUCAUAUCUAAUAAUAUAUAAUCUAUAUAUAAUGAGAUAUAAUAUGUAAUUAUAUGUAAUUACAUAUUAUAUCUAGAAGAAUUAUAUGUAUAGAAGAAGAUCUAAUGUAAUUAUUAAAUCAUCAUUAUUUCAAAUAAAUAAAUUAUAACAUGUAUUGAAAUUUUUCGAGAAAAUAAAACAAUCAAUUUAAAUA